CUGAAAUGUGCUUUGACGUUAUUCGAUUUGCAAAUUAGAUAAGGCACGUCGUUUAUGUAUUGUGUGUAUAACAUACGGAACAGCGGCUUGAGACGUACACGUUGCCCGGGUUAUGGCUGACUCAUUGCAUAUCUUUAAGGCUUUUUAGCUGAAUAUACGGGGCAAGCAUAAUACGCCCUCAGUUGCGAAACAGAAAUGGACGAGGAUACUUGGAAUGUACCGCACGAUCAUGAGCGCAUGGUUGAUGAAACAAACCGGAGUCUCAGCAGCGAGAAAUAUAUUUAUAAUGCGUCAGAGGAAAAUACAGUGUCUGCAACGAAUGAUUACAGAUCAGUUGAAGAGGAUGCAAAUGUUGGCAGUGAAUCCGGUAGAAGCUUUUUGUUGGAGCCUCUGAUAUUGAUACUACUGUUUGCCUACAAUUUCUCAUCUACCAUAUUGAAGGCUCAGAUAAUCUACCAAAGCUGCACCGCUGGCUUGGGUUAUCCUAAUGACGAUUGUCUGCUGCUGGGCACAAAGAAUGCCAGCAGCAAACACAUGGAGGAUGCUGUGCAGCAGUAUGCAACACGUGUCAUUACAGCGAUGACGAUUAUUGAGUUCAUAGUGCCAGCAUAUUGCGGCUUGUUUGUUGGCGCCCUGGCAGAUCGUUAUGGACGCAAGCCUCUGCUAAUGGCUUCCUUUCUGGGCUAUGGACUGCAGUAUCUAAUCUCGGCCUGCAUAGCUUACGUAGCGAUGCAGAGUCAGGGCAUGGUCAGCCCUUGGUUCUAUGUGAUUACCAUAAUACCGCUCUCAUUGCUGGGCAGCAGAGUCACUUACUCAGUGGCAGCUAUUUGCUAUAUCGGCGAUGUGUCCACAGGCAGAAUGCGUUCAUACAGAAUGAUAGCCGUUGAAUUGUGCAUCUAUGUGGGCCUGAUGCUUGGCAGUUACAGUUCUGGAUAUGUGUUUAAAGCAAGUAAUGCAUAUAUAGUGUUUGUCAUUUCUGCCGCCAGCAUAUUCUACGCUUUGCUUGUUAUGGCCUUGCUGCUGCCGGAAAGUUUGCGCGUGCGGCAAUUAAAUACGGGCUUUGGGCUUGGGCAAAUGUGGCGCAGCUGCAUUGGCCGUCGUGAAUUUAAAGAUCGUACCAUACUCAUUCUAAUCAUGUGCAUAUUGCUGCUGGCAACUAUUGCAAAUGAUGGCAACAACGUGGUGUUCUAUAUGUUCGUCAGAGAAAAGUUCCAUUGGACGGUGCGUGAGUUUACAAACUUUGAGACCGUAAGCAUAUUAGUCCCCGCUGUAGCCGGUUCGGGCGGCGUGCUCUUUCUCUGGUCACUACGACAUUAUACUAAAUCAGCCAUAUUAUGCCUGGCUUUGAUAUCGCUGCUGAGUCACAUGUCUAGCAGUCUGAUGACGGCGUUUGCAUUUGUGGACUGGCAAAUCUAUUUGGCCGUUGGCUUGGGUGUAUUCAAGUCCCUGGUGAAUCCCAUGGGCCGUACCAUGAUUACAAAUCUCUUGCCAACUAAUGAGCGUGGUAAAGUGUUUGGCAUGCUCAGUGUGCUGCAGACUCUGUCACCGAUUAUCGGAGCCACGCUGUAUGCACUCAUCUAUGCAGAUACACUAGACACUGCGCCUGGAUUGUUUAAUCUAAUCAGCGGCACUUUGUUUGGCCUGGCUAUUGUCUUAUUAUUAAUCGUUUGGAGACUUAAAAGCUCGAAUGCUGCUCAUUAUGAUCCAAUUUUCUUUUGAAGUCACAUAUUUUGGCAAGUCAUUAUCCAAUUAUACUAAUUGACAAGCGCCAUUAGCAGAUGAACACAUGCAUAAAGAGAAAUAGCGUACUUAUUUGCAUAUUCACACAUAGUAAAAGCAAAAUGUAAACAUUAUAUACAUGGGGAUUUUAUACAUCUAUUGUUAUA